AUGGAGGUGGUGACACACCAAAGUAACCGUGACAACCUGGAGCAGGCGUUUGAGAUUGCAGAGUCGCUAGGGGUGACCAGACUGCUGGACGCUGAGGACGUGGACGUUCCCUCUCCGGACGAGAAGUCAGUCAUCACCUACGUGGCCUCCAUCUACGACGCCUUCCCCAAGAUCCCAGAGGGAGGGGAGGGCAUCCCAGCCCACGAGGUGGACCAGCGGUGGUCUGAGUACCAGACCCGGUUCUCCUCUCUGAUGCAGUGGAGCCGCAAGCACACGGCCCUCAUGGCUGACAAGAACUUCCCCCAGAACCCUGUGGAACUCAAGGUGAGCCCGUCUACUCCCCCCACUGUACAUCCACUUCAAAGAGACAGAGAUCCCCAUCAAGGAGAUGGAGAAGAGCCGCGUGGAGCACCUCUACAACUGCUCGAGGUGUGGAUAGAGUUUGGUCGCAUCAAGCUCCCUCAGGGCAUCCAUCCCAACGAGUUGGAGGUGGAGUGGGGGAAACUCAUCCUGGAGAUGCUGGACAGGGAGAAGGCUCUGCGGCCUGCAGUGGACAGGGUGGAGUUACUGCUUCAGAUGGCCAAUAAGAUCCAGAACACGGCCCUGGACUGUGAGGAGAAACUCACUCUGGCCAAAAACACUCUCCAAGCUGACAUGUCCCGCAUGGAGAGCGGGGAGGGGGUCCAGUGUGAGGGCGAGCUGGCCUGCUACCUGCAGGACUGUGAGGGUCUCAUCAGACAGCUGAACCAGGACGUCAGGGGGCUGCGAGAGGAGCGCUACUACCAGGUGGACCAGCUGGCCUCCAGGGUGUCGGGUCUACAAGAGGAGCUGGUCUCCCUCCGGCUGCAGUGCUCCAGCGUCUACAGGAAGGGCCACUUCUCCUCCCAGUCCCUGCUGGAGCAGACGGCCCCCAGGCCAGCCGACCGGGGCCUCUCGCUGGGGCAGACCCUGCUGGGCGCGGUGGGGCGGUGGGGGCCGCCUUGCUCCGCAAGACCCAUGGCCCGCUCCCAGCUUGGUGGCCAUGUCGUCGUGCAGAGGUACCGAGGGCAGCCUGAGGUUCAUCUACCGAUGCUGCGUGGAUGGGUGGAGGAGACCCAGGAUCUGCUUGAGGGGGCUGAGGUAAAGUUCCUCUCCGAACUUCAAGAACAGCUACUGUGA